AUGUUGAGUGAAUUGAUAUGAUUGAUAUUGAUAUCAUUAUUCUCCCCCCUGGAUUGCAUUCUCUUUGUACAGAACUACAUAAGAUGAGAAGAUAAAUUUGUGCAUAUUUUUAGACUGGUUUCCCUGGAUGGGAUCUUUUUAUUUAUGGUGAACUUGGUUGAAGAAGACUGGCUGACAGCAUGUCAGGUUUAUGUGACAGUGAAAGGAUUUAAUUGACAGUCAAAGGAUUUAAUAUAAUCCUGGCUGCCAUUACCUGUGACCAUGGCACACUCAAUUCACCUGGAGCAUUACCUGGACAGUUUAGAGAGCCUGCCAGCUGAGCUGCGGCGCAACCUGACCCUGCUGCGUGACCUGGACGAGCGCGCAGAGGGCCUGUCGGGCAGCCUGGUGCGCGAGGCCGACCGGUACUCGGCCGAGGUGGCCGGACUGGAGGCGAGCGGCCGCCGCCACCAGCUGGCCGCCAUCGACCAGCUGCACACCAAGCUGCGCGAGCUGGCCGACGACAAGGUGCAGCUGGCCAUCCAGACGUACGAGCUGGUGGACAAACACAUCCGCCGGCUCGACUCGGACCUGGCGCUCUUCGAGUCCGAGAUCAAACAGAAGGGACUCGGCGCGCGCGGCCGCUCCACCGACGAGUCGGGCAAAAAGGCGGCGCGCAAGAAGAGCGACGGUCGCCGGCGGCGCAAGUCCUCCUCGGACGAGGGAUCGCCUCCACCGCAGAAGCGCGGCCGCAAGUCGGCGUCGGGCGCGGCGGCGGCCGGCGAGGAGGGAGCGGCGCCGACGGAGCUCAGCCUGGGCAUCACGCACCCGUCGGACGUGCUGGACAUGCCGGUGGACCCGAACGAGCCGACCUACUGCCUCUGCCACCAGGUCUCCUACGGCGAGAUGAUCGGCUGUGACAACCUCGACUGUCCCAUCGAGUGGUUCCACUUCGCCUGUGUCGGACUCACCACAAAACCCAAGGGCAAGUGGUUCUGUCCAAAGUGUAACCAGGACAAGAAGAAAAAGUGAUUGGGCCGUUAAUGGAGAGCUCAUGAUUUCCAAACGAGCUCAUGAUAUCCAAACGUGCCUGACCUAUGAGAGGUGAGUUUUGUACGAUUUUUUCCCAACUGUUUUGCUAGUGAUAUUUGGAGGAGGCAUUUCUUUUUGCCGUAGCAUAACGUGCAGUGCCGUCUGAGUUAUCGACCCAUGUAACAUUCAUCUUCAUUGCAUUGUAUCAUGAGUUACACUUCGCAUUACGCGAUGUAGUCUUUGAUGAGUCACUUAUGCUGGUAGGGAACACUUUUUUUUUGCACCCCGAGAGCAGCUGAAAGACGGUAGCUUAACAGGCACCUAUGUCGUGGUUUUGGCUACGAUGAAACUCAUGUUGUCUUGAGACUCGAUGAUUUAGUAUCAGUUUGCAAUGCUCAACGUCCUUACAUCUGCCGUUUUGCGUUAGGUAAUUAUCACUACAGGUUGCAGCGUCAUUUCGAUAUACUUUAAGCUCAGCUUGGCUGAUAUUCAGUCCCAUCAUGUAAUGUGACAUUGAACAAUACACCUCAUGCCAUUC